AUGAUACUGGAAUGUACGAACGGAUACAACGGCUUGGCGUUGUUCUACAAAAAGCUUGAAGAAAUAUCAAUCAUUUUAAAGGAUGGAAGAACCACUCAGGCCAGAGUAAUGAAUUUCAUUCUGACAGUGCUCAAUUAUAUAAUCUUAAAAGUCGACGAUCAAACUUGCCUCCGCGAAUUCAUCAGUAUAUUCAAUGACAGAAGUAUGCAAGUCCUCAGAAACGAUCUGGAAAAUCUUCUGUACUUUAAGACCAAGUUUUUCAACUUCUUAAUCUUGGAGUUGCUGCUGGAAGCUGUCAGAAAAGAGAACAACGUUAAACCGUUCGUGGAUACGGCGAGCAAACAAUGGAACAAAAUUAUUUUUCAGAAAAGAGUCAAAGCUAUCGUGAAAUUUUUAAUUUUCCGAAAGAAAUCUUCUUAUCUCUACGAUAGAACCGAUAUGUCGGAUUGGUUUACUUACAAGCAAAAAGCUAGUAUCGUACUUAAUAACGAAAUCAAUUCAGCAGAUAAUUUUAUAACGAAUAAAAAUAAUUUGAACGAUAAUCGCGAGAAAGAUAUUGUGAGUUGUGCUUAUUAUAAAAGAAAAAGUCAAUAUACAAAUGAUGUACAAAUUUUUAAAAAGUACUCAAGUACGAAAUUUAAUUUUUACGAAAUAUCCAUGUACACCUGCAUUCGUCAUCUUUGCGCCAAAAUCUACUGCCUGUCCCGGUUAACGAUUUUUAUAUACGGAUGGUUAACGAUUUUUAUGCAUUAUUGUCACAGAUCUCUUCAACUGAUGUUCUUAAGUGUCAUACAUAA